AUGAAAUUACGUUUUUACAAUUUUUUCUUAAUAUUAUAUUUUUUUUUAUGUAUAUGCUAUGGGAAAAAAGUACUUUUUAUUAAUAUUUUAAAUGGAAUAAAUGUUAAUUAUAAUAAAAAGCAUAUAAAUAAGAACGUUUCUUAUAAUGACAAUUUUUCAAAUCAAGCAUUAUUUUUAAAUAAAAAUGUAACACAACAAAAUAAAACAAAAGAAAUUAACCCUGUAAAAGUUGAUGAAACAAAUGAAAAUAUAUUAAGGCAAUAUAUAUAUACCUUGUCACAUUUAACUAUAUUUGAUACCGAUAGAGAAAAAGAUAUUCCUUUAAAUAUUUCUUUAUUAUUAAAAGCUUGUUUAGCUUCUCAUAAUUAUAUUAAAAAUGUUGAAAUAUAUACCUCUCAAGUGCAAAAUAAAGAAGUGUGCUCAUUUAUAUAUGAAAAUUCAAAAGAUUUUGAAAACUUUUUUAAUAUACAUGUCUCAAAAUAUAGUGAAUUUUUUAAUAAUCCAAAGAUAAGUGAAACUUUAAAAUUAUAUAUAAAUGAUAAAAAUUUAUAUGAAAAUGAAUUAGAAAUUUAUAAUAAAAUAAAUAAAAAUACCACGUUAAGAAAAGAUAUUUUACAAGAUAUCUUAUUUGAGUGUAUAAGAACAAACAAAAUUGUUCAAUAUUCUCUUGCAGUCAAUAAAUUUAACUUAUUUUCUUAUCAUACAUUAUCAAAAGUUUUUAUGUAUUUCAAAAGUAAUGAUCUUUAUUAUGAUAUAUUUUUAAAUAAUAUUAAAAAAAUAAAAUACUAUUAUGGGACAAAAAAUAUAAAAGAAGAAGACAAAAAAAAAAUAUACAGUAUUAUAGACAAUUAUUUAUACAUUUUAAAUUAUAUGAAUGAAAUGUUUGAAAAUGGCAAUAUUUUAUAA